AUGAUUUUCGCCUCUCGUCUGCUUUCCAUGGGCACAUGGGCAGCGGUUGUCCUCCAAGCAACCGCCGUCCCCCAUGGCCCAUCCUACUUCAAAAGACAGGAGGUGGACACCUGCGGCGCAGUCGGAAAGUAUACGGAGGGCGCCAGCAUCGAAAAAUGGAACCAGGCUAAUACAGAUGCCUGGCUUGAGAAAUGGUGGACUGUGAACGUCGACAAGCGGAAGAGCAACGUACACGGAUUCGCUGGUGCUUUUGGCCAAUAUGCACUAGGCCAGCCCGGCUGGUCGUGCCAGAACAACGGUAACGACGGCAACUGCGAUAUGCCGGUCUGCGACAACCCCAAGCUCAACUCCCUUGGUAACAACACCGAGGAGGCGUACUAUGUGCUACAGGCGCUCAACAACCUGCACGGCUUCUUUGUCGGCCUGGAUGAGUCGUUCAAUAUUCCUGCCAUCGUCGCGGCUAUGGAUAACGACGAGAUCGUGAAUAACUUCUGGUAUGACGAGAACAACUGGGAUCCAACACUCCUGAAGCAACUCCUGAAUGUGCUCUCUGCUCUGGUUGCCGUCGUUGCCGGUGCCUUUGCUGCGCCUGCGCUCGCACUAGCUGUGGCAGGUGCUGUUCCCGGUCUUCUGGGAUCAGGCUCAGCCUUGGUUACCGGUGGAGUGAAUGCAGCUGGUAAUGCUCUUUCUUCGGUAGACUCGAGCGACAUCACACAGUCCAACCUCGGCCAUAUGAUGGCGGAGGCAGUGAGAUCUAUCGCUGGCUCAUUUGUUAGCAUCAACAACGAGCUGAUGUACGGCAAUGGCUACGGAAAAUCUAGCGCUGAUGUCCGCACGUACCUCAAGGGCGGUUCCUGGGUCAACUACCCGGGACUACAGAAGAACGGAGCUCGGGAUGUGAUGAUCAAUGUGAUGCAGUCGAUGAUGAUCAACUCUCUAUGGCGCAUGCAGCGUGUGUUCAUUCUUGGCGGUGGCGCCUGCGGCGACAACCAGGGCAUCGGCUCAGGUAUAUCGGCACCCGACGACAAUUACAUCUGCGACGAGAAUGGCAAGGCCUGGUACCUAUACUUCUGGCAGAGAAAUACCGGCUUCUUGGCGGAGAAUAAGUGGGGAUGGACUUCUCGGCCCUGGGGAUCCGAUCGUAUGGGCGAACAUCCUCGGUACGAGGCGGAGGGCGGCUCCGGGCCAUUCUGGAAGAAUCUCAAGCCACAGGACGCCAUCAAGUCCUCUCUCAAAUCCUGGCGAGCUGCUGGAAAUAACUACACCCCGUCGACCUUUACCGAUCGCAUGGGCGAGAUGUUCACUGAAAGUACUAAAAUUAAGUCGGACGGUGUGAACAUGGAAGGUCUCUGGACCAUCCCCGUGUGCGAUAUCGGUAAAACUACCCAACCAGACUGGAAAUAUGGCCUGAAGAAGGACAUCCUUCAUCCGUACGGGUACACCGAAUAUCAAAGGUGGUGCGGACCUAUCUGUGAAGGUGACCCGCAGAAGACAGCAGACUUCUACAAGGCGGCCAACUUCAAGGAUGGGUUUGACAAGCCGUUCCUGAACAGAUGUGGGCACCCGGAUUCCAGCCCCGUUACCACUUGGUGGGAUUAUACAACCGGCGAGACGAAGGAUAAGCCGUAA